AUGGGAAAGGACGAGCUCCGCGAGGCCACUUCUUUUUUUUGCUUCUCGCCACUCUCCACCCGGACCUCUUACGCCGACCCCGCCAGCACGCGCGACGCCAAGGGCAUAUCGGAUUGUUGGCGGGACCGACCGGUGCUCGGAAGCCCGGCGGCACGCGGCUGCAUCGCCACACUCUCGUUUGCUGGCCUGCGGGCCGCUUGGCUGCCCACGGCUGCGUGGUCGCAGCUGACGGCCGUGCGCUGCUACGACGUCCAGAAGGCCAUCGAGUGGCGCCGCGUGCGCGAGAGGGAGGAGUCCUACCAGAAGCUCCGCAAUUCUGCGAAGGGGAAGAACCACAAGGAGACGGCGAAGCGCUUCAGACUAACGCGGUUCGGCUGGGAGCGGCGGCGCGCGCGGUUCCACAGCUUCAAGAAGAGACAGCGCAGCUGGGCGUCCAAGAGACAAUCGCGCACGAUCGCGUACCUGCACCGCUCGGACAUGCCGAAGCUGAAGAAGACCAUGUGGAAGUACCGGCUGAAGAUCCGCGACUUCCCGACUAUGAGGUCCGACCCGAACCCCAACCACCUGCGGUCGCGCGCCCUGCUGCCCGCCGCCUUCGGCUGA